UGAUUUGAAAAAGUAUCAGUGUUUAAAUCAUUCCAAAUUUGCCACGAGGAUGAUAUAUAAAUCCAGGCGGACCGGAAUAAAGCACAUUCGUGAACGUUCCGGGUUUGAAAACAUGUGGACUUUAAUAACAAUCUUAAGUGUGAUAGCUGUAUCACAGGCUGGAAGACUGCCAGAGUCUUUCCAUGGACGAGUCAUCAAUGGAGAAGAUGCUGUGCUCGGUGAAAUCCCAUAUCAAGUAUCACUUCAAUAUGUAUAUAACAAUUUCCACUUCUGUGGAGGUUCAGUUUUGAACGAAAAAUAUGUUAUCACAGCAGCUCACUGUAUUCAAGGGAAAAGUCCAUCACAAAUAAAAGUAAUCGCAGCAACAGUUGAUUUGAAAGACCCUCAAUCAGAAUUCAAAGUUGAAAAAAUAAUUAAACACACAAAAUACAAUUCUUACGACUCUUGGGUUCAUGACAUUGCUUUAAUAAAAAUUAAAGAUGAAUUUGUUGUUAACAAAGUUUUAAACUUUGUAUCUCUACCACCCAAAGGAUAUGUAGUUCCUGAAAAAGCAGUGGCGCGUAUAUCUGGCUGGGGUUCUCUUUGGGAGGGUGGAAUGAGCCCUGAUGUUCUUCAAAAAGCUGAGAUUGAGACUGCUGAACAUAACUACUGUAAGCAGGUUUAUAAGAAUAUAGCAUUGAACAUCUACCAAACACAUCUGUGUGCAUACGACCCUGUUGAAUCUACUGGCUCUUGUCACGGUGACUCUGGUGGACCAUUAGUAGUGGAUGAAAAACUCGUUGGACUGGUAUCCUGGGCUAAUGGUUGUGCUUCAACAAAAUAUCCAACAGUAUACACGCGUGUAACUGAAUAUUUGGACUGGAUUGAAGAGAAUGCUGUAUAAUUAAUUAGUUUGUGUAAACUCGAAAUGUUUUAUUUAACAAAUUUUAAUUUUGCAUUCAGUCAGCUUCAAAGAAACCUAUGGUACAGAUUUUUUAUCACAAUUCAUUUCCCCGGAGCAAAAUAAUUAUUAAAUAUCGGCAAAAGCUUCGUGUAUAUGCUAAUAACUGAUUGACCUCAACAAAAGUAAUUUUUUUAUACGUCACGAAUGAAAGUUAUAAAUAAAUAAAAUGAUUCAUUCAAU